AUGGCAUACUUCGAAACACCCGAUAGGGUGCUGAAGAGAGUCCAGCAACUGGAAGAUAUGGAAUUACCCUCUUUACCUAGUUUCCAACAUGACGAUGAUGUCGAUUUUGAUAGUAUGAGUGGAACCGAGUCCACAAGUGAUGAUCACCAGCAGUAUUAUCAUCAGUCAUCAAUCAUCGAUGAGCCUCAGAGCGACAUGACUACACCACAUCCACUCCGAAAGGUCAUGGGACCGCCUCCAUCCAGCACCGCGACAGCUACAACACGCUCAUCUGCCGAUUCAUUCUCUACUGCCUCAGGAUCUCCCUUCCCUCCCAUUGACUCUUCUCCCUCCGAAGGUGCUUCAUCUCCUUAUGCACCAACAACAGCUCUUACGUCAACACCUCAAUCUCACCAGACAAGGUCAAUGUCUGGCUCACUCCGUACGAGCACAACAGACCGUACUGCCACCACAAAUAGAACUUCUCGCCACGAGAGAACGCUAAGUGGAACAGGAUCAUUAGGGAAUAGUACUCAUGCUUCUAGAUGUCAAAGAUGGCAGACACCGGGAGAGAUGAGCAGAAGUUUCUCUGGAGAGGAGAUAGUAGACAGAAUGAAGCUGGGCGCGGAACAAUCAAUACCGUUGAAUGAUUACUCAGAUCAACAAUACGACGAAUCUCACUCACAAUCAAUACCAGAGCUUCCUUCCCUUACGGUACCGCCGGAAGAAACCCCCGUGACCCGCCGUUUGUCAUCUGGAAACGUGCUGCUAGAAAGACCUAGAAGGCGAGGACCAUCAGCAGCUAUUCAUCAUCUUCAAGCAGUACCCGAGACUCCAAGCGACCCACCUACCCCUGCAACUCGGAAUGUUGUAUCUUCGCAGGCAUCCGUACCAACCACGCUACCUGUAUCGCAAAACGAGCGAAUCCCAAGCUUAUCAAGAAGCGAGGUCUCAGCGACAGAUGUCAGUGAAGCUGCUAGCACGCCAGAAGGUCCGGUCAGAAAUGUCUCAAUGAUGACACCAAGGGCGGACGCCCAUCAGGAAUACGAGAUCACCGGUGAAUAUCAAUACGAGAUAGACAGCGCACCAGAGGAUCACGGAGAAAACCCAACUUGGGAAUACAACCAGGAGAAUGAAUACACAGCUCAGGAAGAUGAAAACGUAUCUGUUGACCCUUCGCAAUAUUCUUCUCCUCAUAAACAAAUGGACACCUAUUCCCCCGCCAGACAGGCCAUCACUCCUUCAAUCGCUCUUUACUCAACGCCCGGCACGAUACGUGGUCAGCCCUUCCGUUACAACAAUCUUGACGCUUCCUCGGCACCUUCAACCAUUCUAUAUGAUGUGACAGACUCGAUACAGAAUACUCCAUCUGGACCUGUUACACCAUCGCCCUUUGGCAUGAUAUCCAAAACAAGCGACAUGUCUAAUCCUCGUGCUCCUUUAGACGAUGCUGAAAGACGAAAAAGCCAUGUUCUAGCUGUUCUCGGAUCAUCUUCUGGACCAUCGACCAGAAUUGUCCGACCGCAUGUACGAGGUACCCCACAUCCACUUCGUAGGGUAUCGACCGCUCCUGACACCGAAUCUAUCGCAGAAGAAGGAAGCGAUGUCACACAAUCUCAGAAAUCGAUUCGUAGAGCAAUAACUCCAGGUAUGACAAGCCGAUUGACUGUCGACCAAUCAGUAGAUCAGUCUUUUGUCUCUAUCGCCUCAUCAGCCGACCUCACUUCCGACAAGCGAGCAUCGCACAUGCAUAGUCGCCUAUCCCGUGGCAACACAUCUUUCCCUACUAUCCUCCUUCCAACCAAUCAUGCAUCUCCUGGCGGUGGCUCUUUGAAAGGUCUCUCAGAUCAGCGUGCAGACGGUAUCAAGAUUCAUAAACACCUCAACGCGAUGAACAAACAGUUGCUUGAGACGAAUGACGAUCUCGCUCGUGAAGCUGAAGCAUGGAGGGAUGAAGCGGAUAGAUUGAGAGGUAUUUUGGAGGACCACGGUAUCGAUGUGGAGGAUAACGAUGUACUUGGCGGUCUCAAUGCAGCUUCAACUUCUGCGAAUGUCUCGCAGCAACUUCCUGAACGGCCGACGAAAUCUCCAAACGGACGUGAUAGUACUAAAGGCGAUCACUCCGAACUUAUCAGCCAACCCUCAGCACUCAGCGGUCGUAGGGGCAGCUCACCUCAUGCCAACAAAGCAUCAACCUCUGCUCAAGAUCUGUUGGAAGGCCUGAAUCCCGAAGAAUAUGCGGCAGUGAUGCAGGAAAUGGCUGAAAAGUUGGAUAAUCUGGAAGAAGGUUUGAACGAGAAGGAUCAGUUGAUAGCAGAAUUGGAGGAGCAGCUUGAGCGUGCAAGACAAGCCAAUACACCCGAACAGCAAGGACUGCUCGAUGAAAUUGAAAAGUUGUCUGCUCAAUUGGAAGAAGCUGAGAGGGCUAGAGUAGCCCUCCAUUCUGAUUUCUCCACCAAGACCGAACAACAUGCUCAGCAAUUCGGUGAGAUCUGUUCAGGAUUUGAAAAGCAAGUCCGAUCAUUGGAGAAGGAUCUGAGUGACGCUAGAACUGAGGUAGAUCGAGUCAAGAACGAUAAAUCUAGACUGGAAAAGAUCUCAUUUGUCGAAGGUGGUGUAGAAGAACAGCAUCUCAGAAAACGUGUCUCCGAUCUCGAAGAAAUGCUACAGCAGGCUACGACGGACAACCACAAACAGUUGAUUGAAGUAGAGAGCCUGAAGAAACACUCAGCACAUAUGUUAGAGGAGAAAGAAGGUUUGAUGCAUCGUGUAGAAGAUGCAGAAACCGAGUUUGAAGAGUUGCGAGCCCGAAUUUCUGAAAUGCAGGAUGAAGGUACUGGCUUAGAAUCCCUCGAAGCUAUGAAAGGUGAACUCAAAAUUGCAUGUGAAGCUCAAUUAGUCGUAGAAGACAAACUCACUAAAGUACAGCAAGAAUUGGCAGAAGCGCAAAAUACUAUCUCUCACCAAGAAACUGAAAUUGGUCACCAACAUGAUCAUAUUGAAGAACUCAACAGGGUGAUCGAGAGUCGUGAAGCCGAUCUUGCAGUGGUUCAAAACAAUUCCAGAGUCAAUGGAGAAGCGGAAGAGGAACUUCGACAUGUACAACAACAAUUAAAUUUAGUUAACGAAGUACUCGCUAGCAAGGAAUCUGAAAUCGAGUCGCUCAAGGGUAAAUUGGAAGUGGCCAAUAUUGCCACUCAAGCCAUUAGGACUUCUCAACGACGAUCCACUUCUCCAGCUCCCACCAUGUCUCCAACAACUAACACCGCUGGUACGGACAACAAUCCGAGCUAUCAUGAUAGCUUUGUCGCUGCAAUGGAAGAAAGGCUUGAUGAGGCUUACCGAGAAAUCGGAAGGCUCAAGCAUGAACUCAAUGCUACGCCACACCGAAAGUCGGCUGUAGAAGUGAGAGACGCCAAGAUUCAAGCAUUAGAGCGGGAGAAAGCGGCUUUGGCAGACAGGCUAGCUUCAAGUAGUAGAAGCAUGACGAUAUCUGCUUCACCUGCUCCUGCUGGUGUCAAAGAUGCUGGUUCACCUUUCAAACGACCUACUCCCCUCGUCCACCGAGCUAUUGCCUCUUUGCGCACUCCUAAAACGCCCGGUCCUUUACCUGAACUUUCCUGGCUACAAACUACCAUCGGUGAUGCUAAUGAACCCAUUCUUCAAGCUCAACUUGAGUACCUCCAAAAAGAGCUUCGAGAUGCCAACGAUCAGCUUGAUCACAACUUCAGUCGUCUCGAAGCAGCCGGUCUUGGUGGUGUCGCACUUGCUGAAAAGCUGGCUGCCGCUGAAGAAAGGAUAGGCGAGCUUGAAGGUGAAAUCAGAACGUUGGUACAGAGAAACAAAGCUUCUUUAGCUCUGGUCAGUGCUCAGAAAGAGGACCGAGAGCGAGACAACGAAGGUCGUAUGCAGAAAGCACUUGAAGCUGUUCAUAGUCAGAUGGAACAACUCAAAUAUGAUAUCGCUAAUGAGCGUUCUCGACUACAAAGAGACAAUGGCCGACUACAAAAUCUCGUUUCGGAAAUGAGGCUCAAAAGCCAAGCUCAGGUGGAAAGCCUCCAAUCUGAGAUGCAAAGAAUGGCUGAGAAAGCCGAGGGAGACCUGAAAGCUACACGAGAUGAUUUGAGCAGAGUCAUCAGGGAGAGAGAUCAACUUAAGAAAGAAUUUGAAUCCCGGGGAACUCAGAUCGUCCAACUCGAACGAGAUAUCGCGAAAGAGCAAAGAGCUUAUGAAUCCCUUUCCCGACGUAAUGUUCAGACCACUCAAUCUGCUGCCUUGCAACCCGAACUUACUCAAAAAGCCCGAACCAUCGAAUCUCUGCAAUUAUCGCUUCGGGAUGCUCAACGAGAAUCGGACGAUCUACGAAACGCCUUAUCUCAGCGUACACAAACUUUGGAAGAUACCAAAUCUCGUUUGGCCAAGUUCCAGAAUGAACGCACCCACGUGAUGAAGGAGUUAGAGGAAUUCGAGAGGGAUCUACAAACGCAACGAUCGGAGAGUAGGGAAUUCGGCCUUCAACUCUCCUUGUUGAAGAAAGAGCAAAAUAAUGCUUCUGCGAAACAUCGAGCUGGACUUGAUGCUUUGGAGAGGGAAUUGAAGGAAGCUAGGAAUAAUGAAAGGUGGACGAUGAAAGACUUGAAUGAUGCGAAGAGGAAAUACGAUGAUCUAGAGAGUUGGAGGAUAAAUCACCAAUGUGAUACUGGUCUUUCACAAGCUUUGAUCGAUCAGAAAACACAUUUCAAAACUCAAUCUCGAUCUCUCGCAUCUCAGAUCCGAUAUCUCAAAGCGAAAUUCACCAGGGAAUCAACCUUCAGGAACGCACUGGCAUUACAGAAGCGUUACCUUUUGUUAUUAGUUGGUGGGAUGAGUCUGGAUCAACAAUCGACUUUGAGAGCUAUAGCUCAAAUGGGUUAUCCAGUUCCUGAACCAUCUAGACCUAGGAGAACUUUCAAAGCUGUUGCAUUAGCUGUCUGUAGUAUAAUAAGAGCGAGGAAUACUGCGAAUGAUUGGAAGAAGGAGAAAGAACUGAAAUUGACUAUUUCAUCGAAUGGUUCAGGUGAAAGAAGGAGAGUUUCAGCUAGGACGUGA